AUGUCGCGACUAAGCAGAGCAUUGCGAGUGACGCUCGUCGAGUACUUUAAGAAGACGAGUCUCAAUGGCUUCGGUCUGUUGUACUACAAUCGGAGACGUCGCUAUCAGCGUUUCUUCUGGUUCCUCUUCAUUGCCGCUGGAAUUUGCUCAGCGAGCUUUGUGGUCUUUGCCACAUUGUUGCAAUUCCUGGCGCGCCCAACAAUCACAGCUUUGUCUACGCUGAGCGUGAGUCAGCAGGAGUUGCCUCUGCCACCGCUGACGAUUUGCAGCAGAAACAAACUGAGUCGCCACAAGCUGCAGGCAUACGCUGAGCAACUUGCCGCAAGGAGUGGCAACACAACAGCGUAUUGGUUGCAAGAGUUGCAGCUGCUGGCGGGUUACUUUAGAGCCAACUCGGUGUCAGCUGAACCUGCCACCAGGUUGCAAGUUGCGUUGGCUGAUAAUUGGUCAGCGGAUGUGCGUGCACAAUUUUUGCAACUAUCGCCGAGUUGUGCCUCUUUGUUGCUCAGUUGCCACAUCGAUGAAGUCGAGCACAAUUGUUCAAGCCUCUUUCGCCUGACGCCCACCAUCGAGGGCAACUGCUGCGUGUUGCAAGCCGGCAACAUUACCACCGAGCAUUUGCAGCUGCGUUUGAAUGCGUCGCGCGACGAUGACUUUUACCUGCCACAUGUGGCACUUACGGCCGCAUACAGCGUGCAUUUGCCCGGCUGGUUGGGGCGUCUCCAUGUGGCAGCUGGCGAAUUCAAAGCGUUGCAAGUGCGGGCUUUGCGACUGCAGGCGGAUGAACAGCUACGCAGCUAUCCAGUUGCUGAGCGCGGCUGUCACUUUGCGGAUGAGGCAGCUGAGCUGGUGCUGUGCUUGCCACAGUGUCGCCUCCGUGCGGUGCUUGCUGCCUGCCACUGUGCGCCCUUCUACUACAGCGUCGUGGGUCAACACAAUUUCAGCUACUGCAACUUGACACACACGGCUUGCCUGCAACAGCUCGAGGCCAACUGGUCGCCCUGGAGCUGUGUCCACUGUCUGCCCGCAUGCAACGAUUGGCGCUACGAGUUGCGCCAAAGUCUGUUGGGGCAUGUGCAGCCGCUGGAGACAAAAUUGAGCAUACGCCAUGGUGGACAGCGUGUGCCAUUGUAUAGCCAGGAUGGUCUCUAUCAUUGGUAUGAGUUGCUCUCUAAUGUCGGAGGCGUUUUGAGUGUUUGCAUUGGCUGCUCGUUUAUCAGCGGCUUUGAGAUUGUUUACUUUAUGGUAUUUCGACUGUGGCAAAAUUGGCGCCAUUAA